CGGAGCCCCGGCGGCCUGUGCGCCCGGAGCCGGCAUGGACCCUGAGCGCUGCGCGCCUUUCACCGUGGGGCAGGCAGCCGGUCCCUACGGAGCUGCGGGGGAAGAGCCUCCAGGCCCCCAGGGGAACCCCGACGCUGCACCUCACCUGCACCCUGCAUCAUCCCGCGGCCCGCGGCUGAACCGCUUCCCGGCCUGCGGGCCCCUGGAACCCUACCUCCCAGAGCCCGCCAAGCCGCCUGCCAAGUACCUGCAGGACCUCGGGCCCGGCCCGGUGCUCAACGGCGGCCACUUCUACGAGGGCCCCGCGGAAGCUGAGGAGAAGGCCUCCAAAGCUGCCAGCUUCCCCCAGCUGCCGGUGGACUGCCGAGGGGGUCCCAGAGACGGGCCCUCUAAUGUGCAAGGUUCCCCAGGGCCCUGCCUAGCCAACCUGCGGGUCCCUCUUUCCCCGGGCCUCCCUGACUCCAUGGAGUUGGCCAAGAGCAAGAGCAAGAAGCGCCGGAACCGGACAACCUUCAGCACAUUCCAGCUGGAAGAACUGGAGAAAGUCUUUCAGAAAACCCACUACCCUGACGUGUAUGCCCGGGAGCAGCUGGCCUUGCGAACAGACCUGACUGAGGCCAGGGUACAGGUCUGGUUCCAGAACCGUAGAGCCAAGUGGAGGAAGCGUGAGCGUUACGGGAAGAUGCAGGGGGGACGGAACCCCUUCACCACUGCCUAUGACAUCUCCGCGCUGCCUCGAACUGACAGCCACCCUCAGCUGCAGAACUCCCUGUGGCCCAGCCCAGGUUCUGGAAGCCCAGGGGGUCCCUGCCUUGUGUCACCUCCCGAGGGCAUUCCUUCUCCAUGCAUGUCUCCAUACUCCCACUCCCAUGGCAAUGUGGCUGGCUUCAUGGGCAUGCCGACCUCCCCUGCAGCCCACCCCGGCAUCUAUUCCAUCCAUGGUUUUCCUCCCGCCCUGGGAGGGCAUAGCUUUGAGCCUUCUCCAGAUGGCGACUACAAGUCCCCAAGCCUCGUCUCGCUCAGGAUGAAGCCCAAAGAGCCUCCCAGCCUGCUGAACUGGACCACGUGAUGGGUCGCACGGACACAGACUGAGCUGUGUCCCACUCCUCUUCCUGCUCUCGCCUGCUCCUAGCCCAUCCCUACCUGGACACCAGACAGCAAACCCUUCUGGCUCCAUAUCCUAGGU